CCCCGCGCACCCAAUGCAUUAUAAUGUAAUGACUUCAGACAGCAAUACAACAUGAAUAUUUCUUUUCACUCUUGGCUUGAUGGAUUCUGUAUUCCAUCAGCGGAGCACCUACCCAAGGCAUUUCGCCUACACCAACAUCAAUCAGUCAAAAUGGUCUCCCCCUCCUGGUUCAAAGCAGUCUCCUCUCCCGACAAUGAAGACUGCCACCCGCACUCGGCCCAGGCCCUAAAAGCCUUCCAUGAAGGCAAAACCACCACGCACGAAGCAGCAUCCGCAAUCACCCACCCAAUAGCCACCUCCCCCUCCAACCAUCUCGAUGUCGAAAGGAACGGCCUCUGGAGUCUGCUAAUCAGCGCAUUAAUGGACUGGCCGCGGUCAGAAACCCCAGCGCUUCUGCAGCUUCUGAAAGCGAUCCAGCAGGUUCCGGAUCCAGCGAUUAGAGAGGAAGCGAAGUUGUCUGUGGGAAAUGGGCCGUUCUGGGAUGGACUGCCUGGGUUUGGGCAUAUGUGGGCGGAUGAUUUUGAACGGAGAAAGAUGCUGCGACUGUGUGCGGGACAAAAUGGCCAUGAAAAUAACCGCAGAGAGCUACGUGAGAAAUAUGUCCAUGUAGCAGGACUAGAGGCAACCUUCUGCGACCAACAAAUCGGGGGAAUCAAUCUGAAAUGGGGCUACGAGCGCAUCACAGAUGCCCUGGAACGGGGCGAUGCCAUUUGCGAUAUCGAAGUUCUCAUGGCCGCUGAGUGGCUUAGAAGUCUCCCGCACCGGAUCUACAAGGGCGCAUUGGAACAAGAAGAGGGCUGGCCAUUGAAGAGGGAUCUGGAUCUGUGGACGGGAGAUGUCAUGACUGUGGAACGAUGGCAGUGGUGGAAGAACCGGCAGGAGGAGUACGUGCGAGAGGGAUUGCCGGGGGCAGAUUCGGUUUGGGCGACUGUUCAGGCAAUGGAUGCUGUGGAAUGAAGUGGAUAUCUGUUGGUUUCUGUAUAUACCUUUGCUGCCUGAUUUGAUUUUAAAAUCCAGCCCUGUUUGCCCCCCCCC